AUGGCGUUUGGAAAGCCAGAAGACUUUCACUUCGAGGAAAGUGAGGAAAGUUUUGACAACUACCGUGCACGUCUCGAGCAGUAUUUUGCAGCAAACGGCUUGGACACUAAAGAGGUGAAAACUAAGUCGGUGUUUCUCACAGUGGUAGGGAAACGAGCACAUAGCUUGUUGAUGGAUUUAUGUGCACCAAAUAAACCGUCGGAAAAAACCUACGAGGAGUUGGUGAAUUUGCUUCAGCGGCACUACGUACCGAAGACCAAUUUCAUUGCAGAAAGGUGCAAGUUUCACGGGAGAAACCAAAAAGACAACGAGACGAUCAGUGAGUAUGUGGCCAGCUUAAGAAAGUUAGCGGCUACAUGUAAGUUUGGGACCUUCUUAGAUGAAGCACUGCGUGAUAGAUUUGUCUGUGGGGUCAAGAGCAGUGAGCUGAGAGAUCGGCUGCUCAGCACCGCGCACACCAAAGACUUGACACUCCCGCUUGCUGUAGAAAUGGCGCUCUCUUUUGAGGUAACCAAGGACAGUGCACAGCAAUUUGCACAGAAAGCUUUCAAGGCUCACAUAGUGGACAAGAAAGCUAAGGCAAGGUACCGUGAAGCUACGGAGAAAUGUGCAGCUGUCGGGAAGCCCUGUUAUCGUUGCGGUGGAAAGAGUCACAGCCCGAACGACUGCAGGUUUAAGGCAAGCGAGUGUCAUGAGUGUAAAAAGAAAGGACACAUAGCCAAAGCCUGUCGCUCACGCAAGGAAGGAGGCUAUUCCACGACGACCAAGGGAGCCAUGCAUCUGGAUAUGGAGAAAAGGCGUCCCAGCGUUUUCACGCACCAGUCCUGCCUUGGUGUCAGUGAUCUUAAGCCGCCCCAGAGUGCAGAUCGAGGCAGCGCUCACAAGUUUCAGGGAGAUCGAGAUGGCAUGCAACUCCUGUCACACCACAACAGAGAAGACAGAGUGGCCAGCGAUGUUUUGGUGCAGGAUAAAAUGGAGGCUGCACCGAACUCUGACAAUGAUCCAGUUGUGACAUUAGACAGUCCCGAUUUUGGUCUGUUUGAAAUUAACACAGAUGCUCCAAAAGUUGUUUCAGCUGUGGCAAAUUACUCUGCUGAGAUAGUGGAGGGCAGCUCAGUGACUCUGACCUGUAGCAGUGAUGCUAACCCAGCAGCUAAUUACACCUGGUACAAAGAACAAACAGUGCUCAGCAGACAACAGCAGGUCUUCAUCAGGUCCAUGAACUCCUCUGACUCUGGAGAGUAUCACUGUACAGCUGAGAAUGAGCUGGGUAGGAGGACAUCUGAAUCCAUCUCUGUGGAUGUGAAAUAUGCUCCAAAGCUUCCCUCUGUGUCAGUGAGUCCCUCUGCUGAGAUAGUGGAGGGCAGCUCAGUGACUCUGACCUGUAGCAGUGAUGCUAACCCAGAAGCUAAUUACACCUGGUACAAGGAGAACAAAUCACUGUUUCAUGGUUCAGUGGGAGAGCACAGUUUCUCCGUCCACUCUAAACACAGUGGGAACUACUUCUGCAAAGCUGAGAAUCAACAUGGACAGACAAACUCUUCAUCUUUGUUCAUAGAUGUCCAGUAUGCUCCAAAGCUUCCCUCUGUGUCAGUGAGUGCCUCUGCUGAGAUAGUGGAGGGCAGCUCAGUGACUCUGACCUGCAGCAGUGAUGCUAACCCAGCAGCUAAUUACACCUGGUACAAGGAGGAUGAAGACUCUCCAAAAGCAUCAGGACAGAACUUCACCAUCACUGAUGUCAGACAUGAACACAGUGGGAGUUAUUACUGUGAAGCCAAGAACAGAAGAGGACGUCAUAACUCCACCUCAUGCCAGAUUAAUAUAGCAAGUUCAGUGAACUCAGCUGCAGUUGGAUCAAUCACUGUUCUCUUUUUGACUCUCCUAAUCCUCUCUGCAAUCAUAGUCAUUAGAAAAAGAAGGUCCUUAACACAGUUUUUCUCCAGAGAGAGGCCAAACAGCAAAGUACAGCAAAGUGUGUGUCCUGAAUAUGAGGACCCUUCAGCUGCAGCACAGAGUGCAGCAGCAGAGCAGCAGGAGGACCUUUGCUAUGCCAGUGUAAGUUUCUCAAAGAACCAAGACGAUCCCGUCUACUCCAACAUUAAGCCCACUAAACCCAGCAGGCAAAAAGAAGAGGACGAGGAAGAGGCCGAGUACACUCUUGUAAAGUUUAGCAAUGGAGCCCAAGGAUUAAGAGGUCAACAAGCUGUGGAAGAUUCAUGUGCACUGUACAGCACAGUCAACAAAAUCUGCUGAGUACAAGCAUGAACAUGAAUCUGUGGCCUUGCCCAGUGUACAUGGUGGAUGUAUUCAUAGAGUACAAAAAAAUGCAGCUCAGAAAAUAUUGAUGAAUCACUGAUUUGUAGGUGAAACAUUUGUGCACUUGGUUUAAGCACAGAUUUAUUUUUCCUGCUCAGAGAACUCACUGACAGACUGCAGUACCAUCACCAACCAGUGUCAUUCACUUUACCUGUCAAUGCUGUGGCUCAUCAGUAUAUGCAUAUUGUCAGUCUUACUUCAUUCAUUUUCUAAUUAGUUUAUUCCAAAGCAUUACAGCACCUUCAGCACUGAUAACUUAUUGUUCUGCUCAUCUCACAACUCUCAGAGCUUUUGUUUGUCUUUUAAGACUGAUUUGUUCACCAAUGCUUUCACCCUCUGCCAGUAAUCUGACUGGACUGUGAGAAAUCUUGGAGUCAUUUUUGAUCAGGAUAUGUCCUGCAGUGCACAUAUUAAGCAAAUAUGAAGGAACGCACCUUUUGCAUUUGUGCAAUAUUUCUAAAAUUAGAAACAUCCUUUCUCAGAGUGAUGCUGAAAAGGUAAUUCAUGCAUUUAUUACUGCUAGGAUGAACUAGUGUAAUUCAUUUUUAUCAGG